AUGAAGCGAUUACGAUCAUUAUCUAUGUCUGAUCUUCCAUGGGAUUUGAUAGAGGAGAUACUCUCUAAGGUUCCUGCAAUAUUUCUAAAACGCUUACGUUCUACAUGCAAACAAUGGAACAUGUUAUUCAGUGAUCAAGUAUUCACGAGGACGCAUUUUGAUAUAGCAGCAAAGCAAUAUUUGGUUCUAAUGUUGAUAGAUUUUAAAGUUUAUUUCUUGAGUGUCAAUCUCCGUGGACUUCACGACAACAUUGAUCCAUCUAUAGAGCUAAAGGGUGAAGUUAGCCUAACUAACCACCAUUAUCAUUCAAAUCAAUUUGAAAUAUCUGAAGUCUUUGAUCACUGCAACGGAUUAUUGCUAUGCAGCCUAUGCACAAACAUGAGCACGAGACUUGUGGUUUGGAAUCCAUGUACGGGUCAAACCAAGUGGAUCCAAACCAAAUGUGUUGAUAAUAGAUACGAGGAGUCCUAUGCUCUCGGAUACGAAAACAACAAAUCGUGCCAUAAUUACAAAAUCCUGAGGUUCUUGGAGUUUUAUGAUACUUCUGAGUCUGAGUUGGAAAUUUAUGAGUUUAGCUCUAAUUCAUGGAGGGUUCUUGAUAGCCUCACUCCAGACUUCGCAAUACAAUUACAAGGCGUGUCUUUAAAGGGAAAAACUUAUUGGGUUGCUGCAGAUAAAGGAAAUCAAUUUCUUGGCAAUAAAUUUUUGAUAAGUUUUGAUUUUACAACAGAGACAUUUGGGCCACAUAUGUGCCUUCCGCAUGGGGAUUUUUAUGCUUUGUCUUUGGUAAGAGAAGAGCGACAUUCGGUGUUGUCUCAGGACGAGGAGGCAUCAACGAUUGCAUCAACGAUUGAGAUAUGGAUAAGCAACAAUAUCACCGAGUCCAAAGCCAUAUCUUGGAGUAGGUUUCUAAAAGUUAAAUUAAACACUCAUCAGUUUUGGAAUCGUGAUAUAAGUUUUUUCAUCGACGAAGAGAAUAAAGUUGCUGUGUGUUUUGAAGAAAUAUUCCAAGAGGAGUCGGAUAACAACAAUAAUAUUGUAUACAUUAUUGGAGAGGAUAUAUUCAGAGAAGUGAAUCUUGGAGAUUCAGAUGCAGAACGGUGGUCUAGUCGUAUGUUCAGUUAUAUUCCAAGUUUGGUUCAAAUCUAG